AUGGCGUUCCAUUGGUGCGACAACAAUUUGCACACCACGGUGUUCACGCCGCGUGACUUCCAAGUGGAGCUGCUGGCAGCCGCCUAUGAGCGCAACACCAUCAUCUGCCUGGGCCACAGGAGCUCCAAGGAAUUCAUUGCCCUGAAGCUGCUGCAGGAGCUGUCCCGCCGCGGUCGCCGUCAUGGCAAGGGACUCCUCUGCCUGCUGGAAUCGCGCGAACUGCCGCUGAGCAGCAUCGAGCUGAUUGUGCUCGAGGACUGCCAUGACAGCGCCGUCUAUCAGCGUAUACUGCCCAUAUUCGAGGGCACAUAUUGCCGGCUGUGCCGGCGGACAGACCCCGAGUACUGGGCCUGGCCGGUCCCCUGCACAGCGCUGGCUGUGAGCUGCAGCAGCGCCAUGCUGGGCACCCUCGAGCAGAAUGUUCUGUGUCGCAUCGAGACGGCCAGCGACAUUGUCACCGUGCUGCGCUACUGCUCAAAGCCUCACGAAUACAUCGUGCAGUGUGCGCCGUUCGAGAUGGAUGAGCUGUCGCUGGUGCUGGCCGACAUACUGAACACGCACAAGUCCUUCCUGGUGGACCAUCGCUACGAUCCGUUCGAGAUUUAUGGCAUGGAUCAGUUCAUGGAGGAUUUGAAAGACAUACCCGAUCCGAAGCUUGAUCCGCUGUACGUCAUCGACUCGCUGCUGGUUGUGCUGCAUGAGAUGGGUCCCUGGUGCACGCAGCGAGCGGCUCAUCACUUCUACCAGAGCAACGAAAAGCUGAAGGUGAAGACGCCCCCACGAACGCCAUUAUCUGCUGUACUGCCUCGUGAGCACGGCCCUCGUGCAGCUGCACUCCCUCUGCGAUCACACAUUCCAGAAGCAACAAGGAGCGGGCGACCCACGGCAGAACCAUUGAGCGGUAUUCCAGUCCCAGGUGAAACGCCUGCUGCAGACGCUGCGCUGCUUCAAGCCGGAGGAUAG